GGGUCGAGGCUUAAGGGGCGGUACCGGAAGUGAGAUCACCACCUCCGGGGUGAAAGGUUAGCGGAAGUGCGGUUCUUUCCUUUCUGCUCUAGGCCCGAGUGGCUACGUUCGAAAUGGGCAAGUUUAUGAAACCCGGGAAGGUGGUGCUGGUCCUGGCCGGACGCUACUCCGGACGCAAAGCCGUCAUCGUGAAGAACAUUGAUGAUGGCACCUCGGACCGCCCCUACAGCCAUGCCCUGGUGGCUGGAAUUGACCGCUACCCCCGAAAAGUGACAGCUGCCAUGGGCAAGAAGAAAAUUGCCAAGAGGUCAAAGAUCAAGUCUUUUGUGAAAGUGUAUAACUACAAUCACCUGAUGCCCACAAGGUACUCUGUGGAUAUCCCCUUGUACAAAACUGUUGUCAACAAGGACGUGUUCAGAGACCCUGCUCUAAAACGCAAGGCCCGGCGGGAGGCCAAAGUCAAGUUUGAAGACAACCUUGCAGCCAUCUGGGGGAGACAUCAUUUUCAAUUUGUCACAAAGUGGCUGUGGUUUCCAAUCUUGUCCCUUUCAUACAUCUUGGGACCAUGUUCAUGUCAUUUUCUUUGGUGGUUUCCCUAACUUUGCCAAGCCUAA